AUGCCAGAACUACCCCAGGAAUUGCUUGAAUGCGUCAUAGACGGCGUAGCAGAGAACUCGGAACGAGAAGGGUGUUGGUUAGGCGCCGACCUUUUCCAGUGCUCGCGCGCCAGCCGAUCCUUACGCCCUCGGUGUCUGGUCUAUAUAUUCUCCUCUAUUUACAUUCGAGGAGGUGGCCAGGAGGAAUGGGAAAAUAGGCUAAUCGCACUUCUCGAACUCAUUGAAGACCGACCCGCGAUCGCGAAGUGGAUACAGGAACUCGUUCUAAGCACCUCAGAUGUGGAAGUCGAAAACCCGAUGUACCCUUUUAUUCGUCAAAACAGAUAUCCCACAACGUUUGGCCACCCAUUAUUCAAAAGACUCAUGCAGGUGGCAUCACCCAUUCGCAAAGUGUCCAUCAAACGACGGCAUGCGGCCGGACAACCCUCUGCUGUGGCUCUCGAGCCACUCCUAACUCUGCCCCCUGUGCGGUCUCUGGAAAGCAUCACUUCCUUAUCAUUCGAAGGUCUUCAACAAUUGCCACUGUCGAUGAUUAUAUGGUGUCACAAUCUCACUUCACUCGAACUCUUAGACGUCCAAGUGCAGAAACUUGAUGAAGAUAAGAUGUUUGAAGAAUCCGGUGUACCCGUGCUACUGGUCUCACUGAAGCAUCUUACUAUCGCAUACACCACUCGUUCCCGUAGCCAUCUCCGCCCGUUUUUUAACUCGAAGUAUGUCAAUCUUUCGGGUCUGAAGUCGCUCACUGUGUAUAUGGAAGGCAUUGUGUUGAAUUUAAAUGAAUGGACGGAAUUCAUAAAACAGGAAAUUCCUCUCAAAUUAUGCUCCCGUUCUCUCGAAGAAUUAACCUUGCUCAGUCGUAAUGGUCAACGUGGUCCCGGAUGGAUCCCAAUGGAACACCCAAUGAAGGAACUCAAGUCUUUGCGUCGUUUACGCGCAUUUUACUUCGAAACUCUAUACUCUAAGAACAUGGACCAUUCCUCCAUAAUCUUGAAGUACAUACGCUCAAACUCGCUAAAAAAACUCACCAUCGAAGUCUCAUUGCUGGUUUCCUUGGAUAACGGAUUAGAGGAGCUGGACAAACUGCUUAACUUUGAUCUGGAUUCCUUCUCCAUGGAAAUUUUGCGAAUUAUGGCCAGUGGGUCCACCUUCGAGCUCAGACUCGCAUGUCGGGUUCAGGCAGCAGCACCAUUAAACGAUGGUGUCCUAUACGAGUCUCGUCUUCGCGCCAAGUGUUAUCAGCUUCUGGCAAUCAUUCGACGUUACCACUUGAAAAUGCUGGACAAUCAUCCCUUUGUCAAUCUGCGCAUGGAUAAAGUUCGAGUCGUGUUUUUGCAUAGUAUGUAA